CACUGUGCAAUACUAUGCGGAACAGCUGACGCUGCAGAUCAAAGUGUUUGGGAUAUUCAAAAGUGAGCAAAUAAAAGUGAAAUAAUUUUAAGCAAUGGACAAAAUCGAAUCGGUAUCCACACCCAACGUCGACGUUUACCGCCGCCUGCUCGGCAAGGUCAUCUCGCAGCUUCUGCUGGACAAGGGGGCCGGCCAAUGCAGUGCACAGUGCCUGGAGACGCUCACGGAAAUGCUGCAGGCGUUUAUUUCGGAGUUGGGAAACUCGGCGCACAACUACUGCGAGCUCAGUGGGCGCACUAUGGCAACGGUGGGCGAUGUGAGCAUGGCACUCAUCAACAUGGGCCAGAACAUAGGCAGUCUGGAGAGUUACCUUCGCCGUGAACAGCAUGCGCCAAUUCAACUGCCGCCACAGCAGACACAACAGCGCACACUGAGCCUUCUACAGGCCGGCACCAAGGCAUCGCAUCCGCCCUAUGUCCCUAGCUACUUUCCACCCAUGCCAGAUCCGCAUGCCUACAUACGGACACCGACGCACAAGCAGCCGGUGACGGAGUACGAGGCAAUUCGGGAAAAGGCCGCCUGCCAGAAGCGUGACAUUGAGAAGGCCCUGACCAAGUUCUUGUGCAAGACAACUGAAACAAAUAAUCUCUUUCCCACUGAAGACAAUAUGUUUCCAUUAAUUGCGUGCAAUCCUUCGUUGCCGCCCUAUUACGCAGCCCUGAAUCCCACAGAUCAGGUCUUUGAUUUCGAGGAACUGGAGUAUCACUACUUGGUGGCAAAUCGAACAGAAGAUGCGCCUAGCAAAGAGGAUGGCGAUGAGGGUGACAGCGACAACGAAGAUCUCGAGGGAGAGAAAUCUAAGGAGGACAAGCAGGAGCUUGAGAUCAAGCCCAACUCCACAACCAACAAGGCCAUACUUGAGAAUCCGAACAUAGACAAUCCCUAUUUGCGCGCCGCCACCUUGCCCAAGCGCACCAAGCUCACUUCUUCGCCGGCUACAGUCCCACCGACACGCAGUCUGUCCAGAGGACCUUCUACCCUAGCAAUAACCAAAGCUGCUUCCUAAGGGUGCAGCGUGCGCUCUGACUACACAUAAUUUACUAUUCUUAGAUAUAAAAAUUAGAAUAUGAUAGUUCGCGGAAUCAAUCAGGCCUUUUCCGAUUAUUCUAGAUCUAGCUUUCAAAUGC